AUGGAGCCAAAACGUAUAACAACUCGUGCGAUGCUUCAACGUGCUGUAAAUCUAACAAAACAAGCUCAUGAAUUACAAAUACCAACAGGUUUAACAGUUCCGUUCUGGCAUAAUACUUGGCAUCAACAAAAAAGUAUAACUUCGGAUACAGCCUAUAGAUUAAGUAUACAAAGUUCCGGUGCACCAACAUUUGCACUUAGUCCUCAACGAAAAUUUGAUUUUAUACGGGCACAAAAAUUUCUUCAAUUAGAACUUAUUCGUCGAUGUAGUCGUAUAUCGAAUUUACUUCGUUAUGAUCCAAAAUUAGCUAUAGAUCUUGUUCGAGAAUUAUCACAUCAAUUACGUCAAGUUAUUAAACCUGAUGUAGCAAAUAAUGUUCGAUAUAAAAUUGUUGUACUUGCUACUGUUGUACAAGUAGCACCUGAUCAACAAAAACGUCAAUCAAUGGCUAUUGUAUCGCGAUGUCUAUGGAAUCAUGAAACAGAUGGAUCCGUCACAAUACAAACAAAAUUAGGAUAUGAUAUGAUGGCUACUGCAACUAUUUUUGCAAUAUAUACAGAUUAA